GCAGAAUCGUUCAAGGAACAAGGAAACGCAUACUAUGCCAAGAAAGAUUACAAUGAAGCGUACAACUAUUACACAAAAGCCAUAGAUACCUGUCCCAAUAAUGCCAGUUAUUACGGCAACAGAGCUGCCACACUCAUGAUGUUGGGGAGAUUCCGAGAAGCGCUGGGAGAUGCUCAGCAGUCUGUCAGACUGGAUGACAGCUUUGUGAGGGGCCAUCUACGGGAAGGGAAGUGCCAUCUUCCCCUAGGGAAUGCCAUGGCUGCCAGCCGCUGCUUUCAACGAGUUUUAGAACUGGAUCAUAAGAACACCCAGGCACAGCAAGAGCUGAAGAACGCCAGCACUGUGCUCGAGUACGAAAAAAUAGCCGAAGUGGAUUUUGAGAAACGGGAUUUCAGGAAGGUUGUGUUUUGCAUGGAUCGUGCUUUGGAGUUUGCUCCUGCUUGUCACCGAUUCAAAAUCCUCAAGGCUGAGUGUUUAGCGCUGCUGGGCCGCUACCCGGAAGCACAGUCUGUAGCAAGUGACAUCUUACGGAUGGACUCAACAAAUGCAGAUGCGCUGUACGUCCGUGGUCUCUGCCUUUAUUACGAGGACUGUAUCGAGAAGGCAGUGCAGUUCUUUGUCCAGGCCCUCAGAAUGGCUCCUGAUCACGAGAAAGCGUGUCUUGCCUGCCGUAAUGCCAAAGCACUUAAAGCAAAGAAGGAAGAUGGGAAUAAAGCGUUCAAAGAAGGAAACUACAAACUAGCAUAUGAACUAUACACAGAGGCACUAGGAAUAGAUCCAAAUAACAUAAAAACAAAUGCCAAACUCUACUGCAACCGGGGGACGGUUAAUUCAAAGCUUAGGAAACUUGAAGAAGCAAUAGAUGACUGCACGAAUGCGGUAAAACUGGAUGACACGUAUAUCAAAGCCUACCUGAGGAGAGCACAGUGUUACAUGGACACAGAACAAUACGAAGAUGCUGUUAGAGACUACGAAAAGGUUUAUCAGACAGAAAAAACGAAAGAACACAAGCAACUUCUAAAGAACGCACAGGUGGAGCUGAAAAAGAGCAAAAGGAAAGACUACUAUAAAAUCCUGGGGGUGGACAAAAAUGCCUCUGAAGACGAGAUCAAGAAGGCUUACAGGAAAAGAGCGCUAAUGCAUCAUCCAGACCGACACAGCGGGGCAAGUGCGGAAGUGCAGAAGGAGGAGGAGAAGAAAUUUAAGGAGGUUGGUGAAGCCUUUACCAUCCUGUCGGAUCCCAAGAAGAAGGCCCGCUACGACAGCGGGCAGGAUCUAGAGGAGGACGGGCUGAACAUGGGAGACUUUGAUGCAAAUAACAUCUUCAAGGCCUUCUUCGGCGGGCCGGGUGGCUUCAGUUUCGAAGCUUCUGGGCCUGGAAAUUUCUUUUUCCAGUUUGGCUAAAAAAAAAAACCCAACCUCCACAUACCUGAUCUGCUUAUUUUAACCUUGAAUACGGACAUACCUAGACUCCUUCCUUCAUCACGUCUCAUUGUACUUAGAGCAGUUUCAUUUUUCUCGGUUGGAGACCUCUGUUUUGUGUGCUUGUGUGUGUGAAGAGGAAACCAGCUCGGGGAGGGGAAGGCUUGUGAAUUUUGUUUUAUUGUUAACUUUAUUAAAAAAAAAAAAAAAAAUAAAGCUUUGAAUCUUUUGGUCCCU